AUGCCGUUGACCGUUUAUGAACGACGUUUUAUAAGGCAGUUUUCUGGGAGCUGUAAGAUUCGUUCCAACAUGUUUCGCAAACCAUUUGUCGUAAAAAGCAACACCAAUAUGAAGAAUUCUGCUAGACGAAAACUGUUGGCGUGCCUGAAAGAAGCCGAAGUGAUUCCAUCAAAGGCGACUGCUGCUCGUGCAGUAUUGGUGUGCGCUUCGGGUGACAUAGCCAAUGUUUAUAUUUUUGAUAAAGUACCCCUUUUCUUUGACCUAGGAGAUGGUAAUUUGUAUCCCACAGGUGAGGCCAUUUAUUUUCUGUGGUCCGCGACAAAUUCAUUUCCUAUCCUUCUCGUUCCCGAACAAGUUUUCUCAUUUCUCGAGAAUGGUGCAGACUUAAUGUUGCCAGGAGUUCUUCGGUCACCUGGAUCUUUCCCUGAAUUUCAAAAACACUCCCCCGUCAGUAUCUCAUUAGUUACUAGAGACGGCUUGACUAGAGGUCCGAUGGCAGUUGGAAUUUCUCUGAUGUCAUCUAUGGAAAUGAUCGCCAGCGGUAUGCAAGGACGAGGAGUUAAAAUAUUACACUUAUACCGAGACUCUUUAUGGGACUUUGGGCCACGGCUACAUCCGCCUAGUAUAGCAGUGGAAAUUGAAGAUUCUGCUCCUCCAACACAAGACGACUUCCCUCCCCUGGGAGAGUUGUCUUUAGAAUCCAGUAAAAAUCUCUUGCCGAACGAAUCCUUAUGGGAUGAACAGCAAAAGGAAGUGGUCGAAGAACAGCCACGGAAUGAAGAAAUAAACGAUGCUGAAGUACAGAACUCAAGUGACUCAGCUGUGGCUGAAAAACCUGAGGAGCUACUGUUUCGAUGCUUUCUGGCUGCCCUAAAAUUUCGAGUAACGAAAACCGAUUUGCCGCUUGAUGUAGGAGAGUUCUACCUUAGGCACUUAUUGCCCUGCGUCCCGCCUGGAAAACGUAUAGAUAUGAAAAAAACAAAAUAUAAGAAGUUCGCUAAUUUCCUCAAGGAAGUCAACUCCUUGGAAAGCACUCCUAUCGUAGUCAUUGACGAUAAAAAAAAAGGAUCGGAAAAGAUUGUGGAGAUCAACUACACCCACAUGUUGCUUAAGAAUUUUGAACAUACCGAUGAGGUAACUGAGGGCGAGCGUGUUAGCGAAAAACCGCAAACUAAAAUUGAAGAGUACUAUGCCGUAACGGAGCCAGUAGGACUAAGUAGCGACUCUGGGAAAGUCUCCUUGGAUGACGAAAUCCUUGCUUCAGUUGUUACACACAGUGAAAUUACCAUCAAAUGGGAUGUUCUAAUUCAAAAAAUUCUCAAUAAGAUGACUAAAACUUACUUCAUUACUACAAUAGAUGGUAGAGUCUUAAAGUACAAACUGAAACUACCUGAACUUAACUUCAAGAUUGAAUCUCGUUCAGGCAACAAGAAAGUUACGCUGUUAAACAAUUCUAGUGCUUUUGGAAUAGAACCAAAGUCUUUAUGUCAUCAAAUACAAGUUAGUUUGGCUACAAGUGCAUCCCUCGUGGAGAAUGCUCCCCAAUGCGAAGGACCUCAGAUCGUUGUUCAGGGAAACAAGGUACGUCAACUGAGCGAAAUGAUAACAGAAACUUUUGGCAUUGGAGAGAGGUUCAUGUCGGGGCUCGAUCUGGCACCAAAAAAAAAGAAAUGA